GGCAGCGGGGAGCAGUUCUGGUCAGGAGGCGCGGCGGAGCCUGGGCGGCGUCGCGUCCCGCCCGAGGGCUGCUCUGGCUGAGGGCGGAGGUGCCGGUGGAGAGCCCGGGGCAGCGGCUGAGGCGGGACGGCGGCGGCGGGGGCUGCUGCCCCCGGAGGAGCCGGCCGAGAUGUUGGCUGAAAACCUAGUGGAGGAGUUUGAGAUGAAGGAGGACGAACCGUGGUACGACCACCAGGACCUCCAGCAAGAUCUCCAACUUGCUGCUGAACUUGGGAAGACGUUACUGGAUCGGAACACAGAGUUGGAGAAUUCUCUUCAGCAGAUGUACACAACGAAUCAGGAGCAGUUACAGGAAAUUGAGUAUCUGACCAAGCAGGUGGAGCUUCUACGGCAGAUGAAUGAACAGCAUGCGAAGGUUUAUGAGCAAUUAGAUGUCACAGCAAGGGAACUGGAAGAAACAAAUCAAAAGCUAGUUGCUGACAGCAAGGCCUCACAGCAAAAGAUUCUGAGUCUGACCGAAACAAUCGAAUGCCUACAAAACAACAUUGAUCACCUCCAGAGCCAAGUGGAGGAGUUGAAGUCAUCUGGCCAAGGGAGAAGGAGCCAGGGGAAAUGUGACCAGAAAUCGGCACCCAGCUUCUCGUGUCUGAAAGAGCUGUACGACCUCCGCCAACACUUUGUGUAUGACCAUGUGUUCGCCGAGAAGAUCACUUCCUUGCAAAGUCAGCAAAGCCCCGAUGAAGAAGAAAAUGAGCAUUUGAAGAAAACCGUGACGAUGCUGCAGGCCCAGCUGAGCGUGGAGCGGCAGAAGCGGGCAGCCAUGGAGGAGGAGUACGGGCUCGUGCUCAAGGAGAACAGCGAGCUGGAGCAGCAGCUGGGCGCCGUGGACGCCUACCGGGCGCGGGCGCUGGAACUGGAGGCCGAGGUGGCCGAGAUGCGGCAGAUGCUGCAGUCGGAGCAUCCGUUUGUGAAUGGAGUCGAGAAGCUGGUGCCAGACUCUCUGUUCAUCCCUCUCAGAGAACACGGCCAGAGCCUGCUGGAGGAGAUGCUCCUGCCUGGGCCGGAGGCACACAGAAAGCCCCUCAAGCGCAGCAGCAGUGAGACGGUGCUCAGCAGCCUGGCGGGCGGGGACGUCGUGCGGGGCCACGAGGAGACCUGCAUUCGGAGGGCCAAGGCCGUGAAGCAGAGGGGCAUCUCCCUUCUGCACGAGGUGGACACUCAGUACAGCGCCCUGAAGGUGAAGUACGACGAGCUGCUGAAGAGGUGCCAGCAGGAGGAGGACUCCCUGUCCCACAAGGCGGUGCAGACCCCCAGGGCUCUGGCCAGAGACCUGGCCGGGACCAACGCCCAGCCCGAGCCCGGCGCCAGCAGCUGGGAGCCGGCCUCUGCCACCCCAGAGCGCGUCAGUUCCCCCACCACCACGGCCCCUCCGGAGUACAAAGCGCUCUUUAAGCAGAUCUUUAGUUGCAUCAAGAAAACUAAGCAGGAAAUCGAUGAACAGAGAACAAAAUACCGAUCUCUUUCCUCUCAUUCCUAAUUCAGCCUCCAGCUCUGCUACUAAUUUGUCCCCUCCCUUUCACCUCUCUCUCCCAAUCCGACAAGUGUUUUGUACUGCUGUGACGUUGGCCUCGUCGCUUGCUUUCUUUAGCAGCUGCGAACAGCAGCGGGGAAAGAAGGUGGCUGCCAGUGUCCGCUCAACAAUCCGGGUCCAUUUACGCUCCCCAGGAAAUCCCACGACAGACUGGCCUCUGGCUGGCGCGCUGACGAGGCUGUGAUUCCUUGAAGAGUCCCAGAACCAGUGGACAGUAGAUCCAUGCUCCUGCGGGAAGCAGGCGUGGAGUUCCUG